AUGGAGAAAGGACAGGAAAUCGAGGCUCCAACAUCUCCUUCCAGGCUGGAAACGGUGGUGCCAGCCACGACUCUGUUCAUAGUUGGAACCCCUCUCAAAUCUUCGUCCACGAAGAAUAUAAACCAACCAACCAAUCUUCGGACGCUAUCUCGCUCAAAGUUUCCACAUUCGGAAGGCGGCAAACCCAAAAGUAGACCAGUUGUCUAUGGAGCUGCUCGGUCAAAGCCAAAGCCUAAUAAUACACCUAUUGCUCAAUGCUUGCCACUGGCGUUUCCUGUUGGUUCAAACUUCACUUUCAAUGUCCCGAACGUGGAGAUCAACUGUGUCUCCACAACCCGGAAGAAUUCUACUCGAGCCCUACAUGCUCUUCCCACAGAUGUGCUAGUCUUGGUCAUACAAUCGAUUGAGCCCAGUCGACAUCAUCGGGUAUUGAAGGUCCUAUCGCUGGUUAGCCGGGGCUUGAACGCAGCCAUUGCUCCCAUUCUUUAUCGUCACUUGCGGCUUUUUCACCUCAAAGAAGUCUAUGAUUUCUCUCUUGGUUUUAGACAUCCUGCCUCUGUCAUGUCUCUCGAAAUGUUUCUGACACCUGACCCUCAAGACUCCAAAUGGUCGCCUCCUAGCACAAAUUGGGUCGAACGAUUGAUGGGAACUCUAAGCAAGAUGGAAGGGUUGGUUUCUCUUAAUAUCAAACGCUGCAAAAAUAGUGCAAUACUUGAUGCGAUAACUCGUCAUUCAAACAAUCCUAACUUCCUUCCUGCCCUCCAGAAGGUCUCGUUGGGAUAUUCAUACCAAUUCAUGUGUUUCGCCGCUGGCCGUUCUAUCACAUGUUAUGGACUGGCCUUCGACAUCCAAGAUCCGUCUGGUUAUGAAAGCCUGGAUCGAUUUCUGUUUAUGCUUAAACUAUCCAGUAAAUCAGUAUCCGAGUUGAAACUGACUAUCAAUUUCACGGAUCGUUUUCAAGUACACAUGGAUAACUCUAGUGACUAUAGGGAAAAGAUCGUACACAGCAUCGCUCACUAUUUUCCGUGUCUACAUACCCUGGUUCUAAAAACUCAGUCCCGGAAGAAUCCUGGUGUCGGACAGAGAAAAGUAACCGACGUCCUUAGCCUGAUACCCCAUAAAAUGCCGAACCUGAGCCACCUAGAACUGUUUGACCUGAGAUCUCCUGAAUACCACCCCGAUGCAACCAUGAAAAUCGCAAAUGAGCUGUCUGCAAAUGAAGGCUUAUGUCCCGGGCUGGCGCUUCUUGGACUGGAUGGCCUACUCUGGAAGCGUACUCGCGACUCGCCAUCUCCCCAACAAAUAGCAGCCGAACUUUCCCGUUUGAUUUCGAAUGAACGAGAUAAAAACGCCCAGUCGAAAGAGAAUUGUGGCAGCGUGUCGUUGCCUGAGGUAACGUGGAUACCAUGUCCGAGUAGCCCUCGAGGUCUCAAAUGGUGGGCAAAUAAAGCACAGGCGCUAUUCCCGUCAUCUAGGACCAAAGCGAUAUUCCUUCUUCGAGAAUGGAUGCUGAAUUACUGGGAUCCAGCUCGCGUGCCGUCCGAUGACGGCAGAUUAGAACGUGCGGUACCACAUUGGUAG